GAAUUAAAGAUCACCUCUUGUUUGUACUGAGACAAGGAAGUGUUCCUUCCCAGGAUCUUGAAAAGAGGAUGGGAAGGUCUACAAAUAUCUACCCUUAGCAAUCCUAGGAAACCUUCCACCUGUUCCCAACAAAGGAGAGCAAUAAAAGGACUAGAAAAGUGAAGAGAACUUUAGGAAGAUCAGGUCUCUGGAGAGAUGCCGUCUGAUGUAACGGAAGCCUCUGAGGGGGUAGAUGAGGCAGAGAAUGUCCACUAUGAGGAAACAGAAGAGGAUGAAAACGUCAGUCCCACUGACCUCUCGGAGAUGCUCAAGGAGGGGACCAAAGAGUCUCAUGAUCGUGCAGAGAACACUCAGUUUGUCAAAGACUUCCUGAAAGGACGAAUCAAGAAGGAGCUCUUUAAGUUGGCUACUGUGGCACUUUACUACACAUACUCUGCCCUGGAAGAGGAAAUGGACUGCAACAAGGACCAUCCUGCAUUUGCCCCUUUGUAUUUCCCUCUAGAGCUUCAUCGGAAAGAGGCAUUGGCUAAAGACAUGGAGUAUUUCUACGGGGAAAACUGGAAAGAGAAGAUUCAGUGUUCAGAGGCAACUAGGUGUUACGUAGACAGAAUCCAUCAUGUUGGGCAGUAUGAACCAGAACUGCUGGUAGCCCAUGCCUACACACGGUACAUGGGGGACCUGUCUGGGGGCCAGAUACUCAAGAAGGUAGCCCAGAGGGCCUUGAAGCUGCCCAGUACAGGGGAAGGGAUCCAGUUCUAUGUGUUUGACAAUAUUUCCAAUGCACAGCAGUUCAAGCAGUUCUACAGGGCCAGGAUAAAUGCCCUGGACUUGGACAAGAAAGCCAAGGAGAGGAUUGUGGAGGAAGCCAAUAAGGCAUUUGAAUUCAACAUGCAGGUAUUCGAUGAACUGGACAAAAUUGGCGCAUUGUUAACUGAAGAAGCCCAGGAUGGAGGGCUCCCAGUGCAUGAUGGAAAAGGAGACCUGCGCAAGUGCCCAUACUAUGCCACAAAACUAGGCAAGGGGGACCCUGGCUGCCCCUAUCACGUUGGCAUGGCCAUGCUGAAGCAGCCCACCCUGCAGUUUGUCCUUGCAGCUUGCAUUGCCUUGGCUGCAGGCAUUGCAACAUGGUACGUGAUGUGAUGGAUGGACACUAGAUGGAGUUAUCUCAUGGUGACUCAAGAAGAUGAACACACCCUUUUGGGACUGCUCCUCUGGUGGUGGAGUUUUUAAAUGCAAGAUUUAAGUAAACAAUAAACCAGAAUCUACAGUGAAUGCCUAGGACUAUUUGCAUACAAAUAACCCAAAUACUGCAUGGUACCACACCUAGUAAUCUAUAUAAUUACCCAGCAGGGUUCUGAGCUAGUAACUUAAUGCAGGAAUUGUAAUCUAGCUCCACAACUGCCACGUGGAGCCAAAAAUCUAUAGUGACCUGGUAUGGGUCUUAAAUCAGGGAAUGGCUUUAGCCAGCUAUUGUCAAAUGAUCAGCUCUUCAUAUCCCUGACCAGGCUGGGGUUUUCUCCCCAGCCGCCUGAUGGAGUUUUCUUUGCUCCUUCCAACAUAGUAUUGCUCCUCACAUGCUGAUCAAGCACUUAGCUUGUGAUACUGGGACAGAACACUCAGAGCUAGCUCAAAUCAGGAAUUGCACUUUGUCCUGGUGAAGGUGGUGGGGAAUUCAAACUGCUCUGAAACAGCUCUUAUCCCUGAUGCUGUGGCACAGUGUCAGUUGCCCCAAAGGCAGAAUAACUUGCUGCUCAUGUUGCAAGGGCCAUAGGCUCAAAACCAGUUUUAUAAAUGAGGGCCCUUUUUGCCCUGGCAUGUAGCAAUUGCUGAGCAAAUAGUUUCCCAUGAGCUGGGGGAGCAAGUCCUUGUAUAUAUUAAAGUUAAUGGUUUACUUUUUCAUGUAACUUAUAUUGUGAUAGAGCCUUUGACCCAAUAAAGUUUAUACUCUGAA